UGCCAUUGCCACGCCCGCCAAGUCAGACCAAGCAGAGAGACGCCCGCAGACGCACCAACCACCAGCACAGCACAGCACAGCAGAGCAGAGCAGAGCAGAGGAGGACUAGAGCGCGGCGCCACCACCCGGGACCAAGAGAGCCAACAGGCAGAUCGCGCGCGAUCCAUCCAUCCGAUCCCGCCGAUCGCCAUGGCCCCGCCGCCGCCGGUGGACCCGCGCAGCGGCUACUGCGCCGCCACGCGCUCCUUCCGCAGCAAGCGCGCCGACGUCCCGCUCCCCGCCGACCGCGACCUCGACGUCGUCACCUUCCUCGCCUCCCGCCGCCACGCGGGGACCGUCGCGCUCGUCGACGCCGCCACGGGGCGCAGGGUCACCUUCGCCGACCUCUGGCGCGCCGUCGCGGGCGCGGCCACCGCGCUCGCCGCCCCGCCGCUCUCCCUCCGCAAGGGCCAGGCCGCGCUCAUCCUCUCCCCCAACUCCGUCCACUUCCCCGUCGCCGCGCUCGCCGCCAUGUCCCUCGGCGCCGUGCUCACCACCGCCAACCCGCUCAACACGCCCGCCGAGAUCGCCAAGCAGGUCGCCGACGCGCGCCCCGUCCUCGCCUUCACCACCCGGGACCUCCUCCCCAAGCUCCCCGCCGCUGGCCUCCGCGUCGUGCUCCUCGAGCUCGAGCGCCUCCCCUCCGACCCCGCCGCCGUCGUCGCCACCAUCGGGGAGAUCUCCGCCACGACGCCCGACCCCGCGCGCCGCAGGGAGCGCGUCACGCAGGACGACCCCGCCACGCUGCUCUACUCCUCGGGGACCACGGGGCCCAGCAAGGGCGUCGUCGCCACGCACCGGAGCCUCAUCUCCAUGGUGCAGAUCAUCAUCACGCGGUUCCGCCUCGAGAGCUCCGACAGGACCGAGGCCUUCCUCUGCACCGUGCCCAUGUUCCACGUCUACGGCCUCGUCGCCUUCGCCACGGGGCUGCUCGGCUGCGGCGCCACCAUCGUCGUGCUCUCCAAGUACGAGCUCCCCGAGAUGCUGCGCGCCAUCAACGAGUACGGGGUCACCUACCUGCCGCUCGUGCCGCCCAUCCUGGUCGCCAUGGUGGCGCACCCCAAGCCGCUGCCGCUCGGCCAGCUGCGCAAGGUGCUCUCCGGCGGCGCGCCGCUGAGCAAGGAGAUCAUCGAGGGGUUCAGGGACAAGUACCCGCAGGUGGAGAUCCUGCAGGGGUACGGGCUCACGGAGAGCACGGCCAUCGGCGCGUCCACGGACUCUGCAGAGGAGAGCCGCCGCUACGGCACGGCUGGGCUGCUCUCGCCCAACACCGAGGCUAAGAUCGUCGAUCCGGACACCGGUGAGGCGCUCCCGGUGAACCGCACAGGCGAGCUCUGGUUCCGGGGGCCAUACGUCAUGAAAGGGUACUUCAAGAACACAGAGGCAACACAGUCAACGUUGACACCUGACGGAUGGCUCAAGACUGGGGACCUCUGCUACAUAGACGAGGAUGGGUAUCUCUUCGUGGUUGAUCGCCUCAAAGAGCUGAUCAAAUACAAAGGGUAUCAGGUGCCUCCGGCAGAGUUGGAGGCUCUUUUGCUAACACAUCCGGAAAUUGCAGAUGUCGCUGUUAUACCGUUUCCUGAUCGUGAGGUUGGCCAGUUCCCGAUGGCCUACGUAGUUAGGAAGAAGGGGAGCAACUUGUCAGAUCGCGAGGUGAUGGAGUUUGUGGCGAAGCAGGUAGCGCCUUAUAAGAAGGUUAGGAAGGUGGCAUUUGUGACAGAAAUUCCCAAGAAUGCGUCCGGCAAGAUACUGAGGAAGGAUCUCAUCAAGCUCGCCACAUCAAAAUUGUGAGAUGUCUACUGGUCCGAAUUUACUGUGUUGGCAUCAAGCGGCAGUGAGCUCUGCACUUUCCCAGUACUGGCGAGUGUUAACUGAAGAUCCCAUUGGGGGCUAUUUGCCUGUGUAAGCUGUUCAUGUACAAGGUUAUUGCGUCUGUAACCAGGAAUGAAUAAUCAAUUUGGUAAAUAAUUCCGAGUUGUAGUGUUGUAUCACAAGA